CAGACAGACGAGAGGAAAGAAGGACAAGGCGAGGGGAGGACAGAGAGCAAACGCAGAGACGUCCAGCCUGCGCCCGGCCUGGCCAUUUCCUUGAAUUAUAAUCUGAUUUGUGGACUCUGAAGCCAGGGGAGAGGGAGAAAGAGAGAGAGAGAGAGAGAGACAGAGGGGGGAAAGAGGAGCACCCAUCUCUUCCACCCCCUCCCUCUCUUUGCCUGAGCCGUAGGGAAAAGCUUUGCACACACACACACACACACACACACACAGGCGAAAGAGCAGCACACAGGGCUAGGCCGCAAGUCAUUAGUUCUUGGUGGGCAAGCACUGACAAAAGGCUGAAGGGAGAAGCCCCCCAUGAGUGCCUGGAGAGGAACCACAGGAACCACGGCGGGCUGAGCAGAGCAGACGGACGCUCGCUCGCUCGCCUUCUCCGUUUUCGUGUGUUCGUGUGGAAGGAAGAGGAGGCAGCACUUCCUCGUGCCGGGGAUCUACUGGCGCUGUGUGUUUUGGGGAAGCGGGCGGUCCACGUCGCCCGCUGCAGCCUGCAGGAGCGGCGCCGCUCGCUCCGCCCGAUGAGGAGUACCUUCACCGUGGGUCACAAUGCCGCGGCUGCCGGGAGGAUCGCGGCAGAAUAGCAGAGCCGUGUCGGCGCUCUCUGCCCCGCUGCACGGGAGGAAGAUCUAGAGCGAGGAAGGGAUCUCUUACACACACACACACACACAGUUGAGGGUUCCUCGGCUGAGGUGUGCGGCCGUUCGACCGGGCAGCGCUCAGGCAGGACUCUGCUCAGCCACCUCGGGAUUCUGGAUCAAGAGGAGAAACAAAAAAAGGACAAAACCUUGAAAAUCCACAGGCAUGCAAAUCUAAAAGUUGCCACACGGAGAGUGUUUCCAGGUCAUAGUGGAGGGGGCGGAGACUGAGCGCCUCUUGUUUUCUCUGCUCGAGGCUUACGGGCUUUUUCCUCCCUCCUCUCAUUGAUAUCUGUCCGUUCAGCCGGAGAACACUUUCCCCCCCUUCCUGCUCUGAAACCGCCCAGAAACCUCACAGAUGGACGGCAGAACACACUGAAUCCCUGCAGGUGAAGGAGGAGGAAACACACACACACACACACACACACACACACACACACGCACACUCUGGACUUUCUGCUAUUUAUGUUACCUUGACGGGCAACCAGGAACCUUGUCCGGCUGUCCCCGUUUUCCUCUGCGCUGGUGCGGCGACCAAGCGAUGGCCAUGGUGAGUGGGGGCUGGGGAGAUCCCAACGGGGGCACCAACGGCCUGGGGGACAAGGGCUACCUGCGGGGCGAGGAGGAGGACGGCUCGCCGCAGGCGGGCGGCAGCGACAUGGAGGCGGGGGACGACGACAAGGCCUGCGUGGUGGACUGCGUGGUGUGCGGGGACAAGUCCAGCGGGAAGCACUACGGCGUGUUCACGUGCGAGGGCUGCAAGAGCUUCUUCAAGCGGAGCGUGAGGCGCAACCUGAGCUACACCUGCAGAUCAAACAGAGAGUGUCAGAUUGACCAGCACCACAGGAACCAGUGUCAGUACUGCCGGCUGAAGAAGUGUUUCCGCGUGGGCAUGCGCAAAGAAGUUCAACGUGGACGCAUCCCCCCCCAGCCGAGCCUCAGCCCCUCCAUCACUCCCAUAGGCGGCGCCAGCGGCCUCGGAGGCGGCGAGUUCUACAACAACAACAACAACGGCGGGAGCGGCGGGGGCCAGCCGGUGUCGGAGCUCAUUUCCCAGCUGCUGCGAGCCGAGCCGUAUCCCAGCAGCCGCUACGGACACCAGUACAACCAGCAGGCCGGGCCGGACAACGCCAUGGGCAUCGAUAACAUCUGCGAACUGGCGGCCCGGCUGCUCUUCAGCACGGUGGAGUGGGCCCGAAACAUCCCCUACUUCCCUGAGCUGCCGGUGUCGGAUCAGGUGGCGCUGCUGAGGCUGAGCUGGAGCGAGCUCUUCAUCCUCAACGCGGCCCAGUCGGCGCUGCCGCUGCACAUGGCGCCCCUGCUGGCGGCGGCCGGCUUCCACUCCUCGCCUAUGUCGGCCGAGCGGGUGGUGUCCUUCAUGGACCAGGUGAGGGUGUUCCAGGACCAGGUGGACAAGCUGACCCGGCUGCAGGUGGACUCGGCCGAGUACAGCUGCCUGAAGGCCAUCGCGCUCUUCUCGCCAGACGCCUGUGGCCUGACAGACCCGGUCCACGUGGAGUCCCUGCAGGAGAAGGCCCAGGUGGCGCUGACGGAGUACGAGCGGAUGCAGUAUCCCAGCCAGCCGCAGCGCUUCGGCCGCCUGCUGCUGCGCCUGCCCGCCCUGCGCGCCGUCCCCGCCAACCUCAUCUCCCAGCUCUUCUUCAUGCGGCUGGUGGGAAAGACUCCCAUCGAGACGCUGAUCCGGGACAUGCAGCUGUCCGGAAGCUCCAUCAGCUGGCCGUACGUCCCGGGGCAGUAGCGAGUAGAGAGCGGCGAGGUUCCUCCGUGACGACAGGGACCCGCAGGAAACCUCCUGACUCAUCGCUGUCCAUCUGCUGGCUGCGGAGACGCAGCGCCAGCUGGCCUCCAUACGUACUGUACUAUAAACCGCUCAAUUCCCCGUCAUGAAACGAGUCUCCAGCGAGGAGAGGAGAGGAGCCGGCGCCGGUGCCAGGCCGGAGCCGUCUUAUUGCCAACCCAGUUGUUCCCGUGCCAGGUCUCCGGCCGGAGAACAGCGCCUCACGCUGGGCCUCGAUAUGGCCGCCGCAGCCAGUCAUGUCACCACCCGAGAGACGCCGCAGUAACAUGUAGAGGGCGGCAGCGCCCUGCUACACCGACACCUCCUGGACAAAAGAACACUUUUCCUCACACUGGGCUCAUUUUCCACGGCUCAUCGUUUGUGAUACAGCGACUCUAAACCGUUUGAGGAAACCGACCGGCUGAGAGCGUCGGCCUCGCCGUCGAAGGGAACAACUCCUGAACUCGCCGCUCGCUUGACGGAGCUGCUCCAAGAGGAACCGGAAAGAAAACUAAACCAAGCAAAAUUCACCAAAGUCUAUCAGCCCAUCCGGAGAGAUGGACUUUAAAGAGAGGAGGGACGAACGGACUGGAGCGUCCAGUGGAGUUCAGACUCUCUCGCUGAGCUCACCGCCGCUUUAGUUGGAAAUAGAUUUAAUAACGAGAGAAAAGAAAGAGACGCCGGAGUUACUUGAGAGUGGACUAAUACCUCACGAGACAUCAGAAUGCUUUAGUCUGAUAUUUCCUAAAACACAAACCUCUAAGAAUUUUUGUUCACCAGAAAUCGCCUUCUUUUUGACAACUGCCUUGUUAUUCAAUAGAAAUUUGGGACACUUAUAAAACAUGAGUCUUACGAGCAUCUCUAGCAUUUGUCUUGUAUUUUUAGAAAAAAGAAAAGAGAAAAAUCUCUCCAAAAAGUAUCUUCUGUUGUCUUUUAAUUCUAAGUUUUGACUGGAGAUAAAUGAAUUUACAUUUUUUUAGAUCAUGUUUUUUAUUUUAUUUUGCUGACUUCUAAAGAUGUGGAUCCCAUUAUGAAAAAUGACAAAGAGCGUUUGUAGCUGGCGAACAGAGAGUUUAUAACCAACACUACCAGUUAAACAACAGUUUAAGUUAACACUGUUUCCAGGGGCGAUAGUCUGUAUUAAAAUAUGUAUAUAAACCGAGGCCAAUUUUUGUCUUUAUGCAUGUUAAGUCGUUGUUUUGGGUCUCCGCUCAGUUGAAACUCUUUCCUUCUUUUAUAUUAUGUACUUUGAGGUUCCGUUUAAAAGUAUUGCUUUUACUGGUAGCUCUUAAAUGUUUUCUCCUUCUUGAACUUACAUAAAAAUACCUCUUUCAUUAAAGACACCUGGUUCGACCCGGAGCUGUUCACACUCUCAUCUCCAAGCAUCGCGACUGUUGUGAAGAAACGGUGAAAAAUUUGGUGGAGGAAGAUUGUUGAUGCCAAAAUAUGUUAAUGAGACGGAUCGCAUUUACCUCAUGUGGGUGUUUUGAGAGGCGAGAAAAAAGUUUGUAAGAAAUGUCUUUUUUGGUUUUUUUUUUAAAUGGAAGAUAAAUCGGCCCCAAAAAUCACACAUUUCAGCAUUUAUUAAAAAAAAAAAGAAAAAAGAAAUACACAAAAGAGAAAGACGUAACUCUGCUUUUUGAUCUACCAUCAGGCCUUUGGGAGUUCUUUGGAUAUUCUUCUUACUCAAUAAUUCACACAGCCAUGUUGUAGAGAGAAAAAAAGAUAAAUAUACUAUUAAUGUUUUCUUAUCUUUGUGUUACUGAGUUCCUAAGAUUGAAGAUUUCUUGUGUAUGACAAUAUUAUUAAAAAGAAUCAGAAGAUGA